AGUUUUCCGGCGCAUGCGUGGUUUGUUGGAGGGAACCGGGAAUGGCCGAGAGAAAUAAAACAAAAACACCGCCAAGUUUCCACCGUCUUCUGGACGCUCUGACGAAGGUGUGAGUGUGAAACCGGCUUAUCCUGUAAGUAGUAUCGAGCUACUCAAGUUCACCCACCAGUCCACUUCUGAUCACGUCCAAGUGCAAACCAGCAGUUAUGGCAAAGAGGAGGAGGUCUAGCUCUGUGGGGAUGGAUGUUCGGCUGGACGAGGACAUGGGUCCUUCCAUGAAGACUCGCAGGAAAUCAGCUCCAUCAAUUGAUACAGGUGAGGUCAUCCAAGACCUGUAUGACAUCAUCCGCAACCAUCGGGACGAAAAAGGCCGCCUGCUGUGUGAUCCGUUCAUCCGCGCUCCCAACCGCCGCAAUGCCCCAGACUUCUACGAAGCCGUGGACACCCCCAUUGACAUGCUGAGGAUCCAGCAGCGAAUCCGAACGGACGAGUACCGCACCCUGCAGGACUUCACCGCGGAUGUGGAGCUGCUGGUGAACAACGCCAAGCGGUACUACCCGCAGGGCAGUCAGCAGUACAAUGACGCCAGCGCUCUGUGGGAAAUCUAUGUGGAGGCCAGGGAUGAGAUUCUGCAUGAGGUCCACGGGGGCAUCAGUGGGGACUCCAUGGAGGCCAAGGCAAAGAGGGGGAGGGAGGAGAUGGACGAAACAACAGAGGAGGAGGAGGAAGAGGAGGAUGGUGAAGAGGAGGAUCAGGAGGAGAUCGACUUCCCUCCCUUCGCAGCAGAUACAGAGAACCCAUAUGAACAGCUCUUCGUAGCCAUGGCCAACGCCACUGAUCCAGCCGGCAGAGCUAUGUCCUUCCUUUUCCAGAAGCUGCCAGUCCGGUCAGAGUUUCCAGAGUAUUACAAGAUCAUCAAGGACCCCAUGGACCUGACGAUGGUGGCUCGUAAGAUCAAGAGAAAUGUGUACAACACGCUAGCAGACAUGGAGAGGGACAUCAGCCUCAUGGUAAGGAAUGCCAAAACCUUCAAUGAGCCAGGAUCUCUUGUCUACAAAGAUGCUGUGGCACUGAAGAAGAUUUUCUCACUGAAGAAGGCAGAGCUUGAGGGCGAGCCUCUAGGAGUCAGGAGUUCGGACAGAUCCAGUCGGAGGAGUGGUAGGUCAGGACUGAGCAGCCGUCUGUCGGCUAUCACCGCUGCCCUGCAGUACUCGUCAGAGGAGGAGGAACAGAGCGAGACCAGCGAGCGCGUGUCAAUCACGGAGUACGAGGAGGAGUCGGAAGCGGACAGCUCCAUGUACGAGGAGGGGAACACAUUCCUGGCACUGUACGACCACGUCAGAGGAUACUCCACCGGUCAGGGCAUGUGUCUGUCCGAGCCAUUUCUUAAGCUCCCGUCCAAGAAGGCAUACCCUGACUACUACCAGGAGAUCAAACAUCCCAUGUCCAUGCUGAAGAUCAGGAGCAACAUUAAGCAGGGUUUGUACGAGACCCUUGACCACCUGGAGGCGGACUUCACCCUGAUGUUCGAGAACGCCAAGCAGUACAACAUGACGGGCUCUCGCAUCUACAAGGACGCAGUCGAACUGCAGCAGGUCAUGCAGGUCAAGAAGAGAGAGCUGACCAAGUCAGACAGCAACUACGGAGACACGGAGAGCGUGAUGAGCAGCGCCUCUGGUGUCAGCAGGAAAGUCAAACGUCCGCAGAUCAUGGAGGAUCUGGAGGAAAGGCGAAAGAAGAAGAAGAAGGACGAAGGAGAGAACACCCUGAAGGGACGACUGCGGUUCCUGUAUGAUGCCAUGAUAGCCUAUUGUGAUACGUUUGGCCGGUUUCUCAUCGAGCUGUUCAUGAAAAAGCCUUCACGGAAAGACUACCCCGAGUACUACAAGAUCAUCCUCGAGCCCAUCGACAUGAAGACGAUCGACUACAACAUCCGAACCGACAAGUACUCCAGUGUGGAGGCCAUGUUGGAAGACUUUGAUCUCAUGUUCAACAAUGCACGCCACUUCAAUGAGGAAGGUUCACAGGUGUAUAUAGAUGCCUGCACGUUGGAGAAGGUUUUGAAAGACAAAGUCAAACAGCUGGGCCCUCUGCCUUCAGAAGGUGGCCUCUUCUCUCCAAAAGCAGGACUGAAGGGGCCAAGAAAAAGCUCGCCAAAGAAGUCAAAGUUUUUGACACCCCUGCAGCAGAAGCUGCGAGACAUGUACGAUGCAGUGAAGGACUACAAAGACUCCACAGGCCGCAAGCUCUGCUUCAUGUUCCUCCAGCUUCCUUCCAAAAUAGACUAUCCCGACUACUACCAAGUCAUCAAGAAACCGAUCGACAUGCAGAAAAUCGAAGCCAACAUGCGAUCCAACAAGUACAACACUGUGGAGGACUUUUUGGAGGACUUCCUUCAGCUGUUUGACAAUGCUUGCAGAUACAACGAGCCAGACUCACAGAUAUACAAAGAUGCUCUGAUCCUGCAGCGGGCCCUUCUGGAGAAGAGAGAUGAAGUCCACGGGGACGGGAGCUCAGAAGUGCCAGACAUCCGCGGGUGUGUGCAGGACCUUCUAAACAGCCUCUUUGUAUCCGUUCUAAACCACCAGGACGAGGAGGGGCGGUGCUACAGCGACUCCCUCUCAGAGUUACCCGAGAAAGAAGACAAGAAGGAGAAAGAGCAGCAGCAGGAACCUCACAAGAGAGGUCCAGCAAGCUUCAAAUCCAUCCGCAGAAACCUAGACAAGGGGCGGUACCGGAGGCUGGACGUGUUUCAGGAAGACGUGUUUCGGGUGUUUGAGAGGGCCAGAAGAGUGAGUCGCACCGACUCAGAGAUGUACGAAGAUGCCGUGGAGCUCCAGCAGUUCUUCAUCACCAUCAGGGAUGAGAUCUGUAAGAACGGGGAGCUGAUGCUGUCCCCAGCCCUCAGCUACACUCACAAACACCUCCAGGUCGAGCUGGACGCCGAGAAGAAGGAGAAGAUCCCGAAAGAGGUGGAGGAAGACAAGGAGAAGAAGGACGGUGAUGAGAAGGAGGAAGAUCAGCUUGAAGAAGAAUCCAGUGAAACUGCGAUGCAGCGGAAAUACAGUGAGGAUGUCAGCUGGGAGGACCAGUCCUUCCGUGUGGGAGACUUUGUGUACAUAGAGAACCAGGACAAGAGUCAGCCUCCUCACAUUGUCUGUAUCGAAAAACUCUUUCAGGACGACCAAGGAGACCAGUGGCUGCAUGGCUGUUGGUUCUACCGUCCAAAGGAGACCUUCCAUUUGGCCACAAGGAAGUUUUUGGAGAAGGAGGUGUUCAAGAGUGACUACUACAACAUCGCCCGCGUUGCCAACAUUACAGGAAGAUGUUUUGUGAUGUCAGUGAAGGAAUACUUCAAGAGUAAGCCCCUGGGAUUUAGUGAUGAGGAUAUCUUUGUAUGCGAGUCUCGAUACAGCGCAAGAGCCAAGGCCUUCAAGAAGAUCAAAAUCUGGCCCACACCCCCUAGUAAUGUAAAAGUCAUUCCACGGGAAGAACCACUGUCUAAAGUCAGAGUAGCGUCGGUUUUUGCAGAAGAGGCCAAAGCAGAAGAGCAGGAGGCAGAAACUGAGGAUCAAGAGGAGGAGGAGGAAGAAGAUGUCAUUGACAAGUUCAGAGAGAACAUUGCAGUGGAGGCAUCAAACACUACUGAGCCUGGGGUAUCCCAUUACGAGCAGUUGAUCUAUGGGGGAACCUGCUUCAAGCUCGGUGACUCCGUCUAUGUGAAGUCCAACAGGGAGCAGCCUCUCAUGGCUCGUAUAGACAAGAUGUGGGUGGACGCCAACAGCGAGCCGUGGUUCCAUGGCCAGUGGUUUAUCUACCCCUCGGAGACAGACCACAACCCCACCAGGCUGUUCUACAAGAACGAGAUCUUCCUCACAUCCAUGGAGGAGUCCAAGUCCAUGAGAACCAUCCUGGGGAAGUGUUGCAUCCUGGCCUACAAGGACUACCUCAUCUGCCGCCCCACAGAGUUCAUGGAGGACGACAUCUGGGUGUGUGAGGCUCGCUACUAUGAGGCCGACAAGCAGAUCCGCAAGAUCAAGGCCCUGAAGAAGUACAGCCUGUCCCCUAAAGUGACGGACGACGAGAUAUUCUUCUUCCGUAAGCCCAUCAUCCCGGGAAAAGUCCCCUCACCCAAGUUGGCGGAGAUUUCAGAGGAGCCCGUUGCAUUCGCCGUGCCUCCUGAAGCAGAGGAGGAGCUGCAGCAGCCGUCAACUCCCGUAAAGGCGCCGAAGGCCAAGCGUCCGCCGAGCGGGUACAUCCUGUUCUCCAGCGAGAUGCGAGCGACGCUUAAGAAGCAGAACCCCAACUACGCCUUCGGGGAGAUCAGCCGCAUCGUGGGGAUGGAGUGGAAGAACCUGAGCGCAGCGCAGAAGGCCGUGUACGAGGAGCGGGCGCAGCAGCAGAGCUCCGGCCAGAACGACGAGGAGUCGCCCUACCCGGCGUCCCCCGCCUCGGGCCACAGCAGCAGCCGCUCGGACCCUCUGCUCCUGGUGUGGGAGUGCCUGUGGGAGGGCUGUGACUACCAGUACGAGAGUGAGAAGGACCUGGUGGCCCACCUGCUGGAGACGUCUGGACACCUGAAACCCGAGGGCGAGCAGCAAGAGUACUUCUGCUACUGGGCCGGCUGCCCCAGGUCAAGGGUCAAGAAGAGCCUCCCGUUCCCCAACAUCUCCGGGAUGAAGCGCCACGUCAGGGAGGUCCACGUGAAGACGUCUUCUCGACAGAUCCCACUCAGCCAGAGAAGUCGGAACUACGUACCGUACCAGCCAGGGUACCAGGCAUCGCCGAGUCAGUCACCCCGCCCAUUCACACCACAGGGUUCUGGAGCUGUAUUGGGUGUUGUUCCUCCCCCCAUGCCAGCUGGCAUGUUAUCCCAGACACAGAUGGCAGCAAACGGCACCCCUGGCCAGAGGAUGACCCCAGGUACCAGCCAGUAUGCCUCCUUCUCGCAGAUCCCUGGUGCCUUCCCCCCUCAGAGCCCAUUCCCCCAGCAGGGGGGAUACUCCCAACAAACCCCCCUGUCACAAGGUGGACCAAUGCCUCAGCAGAUGUUCCCCCCUCAGAUGGGGCCCCCUCCUGUGGGCACUACCCCCCCUGCGCCGCAGUAUUUUUAUGGACAGGGUGGUACUCAGUACGGUGUUCAUCCACAGACACAGUCCCCAGCGCCCCCACCACAGCCCCCUCCCCCGCCGAUGUUCGUGCCUCCCCCUCCCAAAGCACAGAGACUGCUGCACUCCGAGGCUUACAUCCGCUACAUAGAAGGCCUAAAGGUUGAGAACAGGUCAGUGAGUAACUGGGAGGAGACCCUGACGGUGAGGCAGGAGGAUGUCCAGUUGACAGAACAGCAGCGGGCGCGGCUCCCGGGACACAUCCUGAAGAACGGCAAAGGUCCGCACAAGAACAUGGAGUCUGCGCUGUGGGCACUGAGGGACCUCAUGCUGAAGGACGCACUCACUAUCCGCAAAUUUCAUCAUUAAAAGACCUGGUAUAGAUUUCAUUGGGAAGAUAGUAUCCUUCGUUUUAUUAGUUUUGUAUUUCAAGGUUAGGAUCCUGAAGGACGCACUCACUAUCCGCAAAUUUCAUCAUUAAAGACCUGGUAU